GCGGCGAUGGCGGCUUGAAUUAUUCGACGAUGAAGCAGUUAUUUCAAAGGCAGUUUAUCUGUCGAUUAGUUACUCGGCAUUUUCGAGCUCUACACAGUCAGAGUGCAAAAGUGGCGUCUCGCAAUUUGACAGAAGAUUUGGGAACUGGAACAUCAGCAACAUUAGUGAACAACAGUGAGGCAUAUUUCACCAAAAGUUUUCCUCUAUUUGCCACUGUUCCCUUUUUACUUCAGAGACCAAAUUCAUAUAUUCUAAACAUAACCAGUGAUGGGAGAGUUUUCCCAGAUGGAAACCCUGGAUGUGAUGCAAUAUUGCCUGAGAUUCCAAAGGAAAGAAUUGGAGAGUUGAUUUUUCCACAUCAUUCAAGGAUCAUCAGAACAAUCAUCAGGGAUCAUGACACACAUGAACUUACAAUUGGUGAUGACACACAAAAUACCAAAACCUUACAGUGCAAGAGAUUUAAGGGCAUUCGUAAGAUACGUCGUAAGAAGAUGAAUAAGCACAAGUACAGAAAAAGAAGGAAGCGAGACUUAUUCAAACGUAGGCACAUAAAAGUUUUUAGGGAAAAAAGGAAAGAAAAAAGGAAGGAAGAAGAGCAGAAGGCUGAGCUGGAGGAGGCCCAGGAACUCAACAAGAAUGAAGACAUCAUUUAAAUUAAGCACUCAAGCCUAAAAUUAUUUUCUUUGAAAUAAUUUCUUGCACUGGUUAUUUAGAAAAUGUUUGUCAUUUCAAACUCCAGAGGAUGGAAUCUGAUUUUCUUUUCUUAUGAAUUUGUAUUUCUGUUUGCUCUGAUUUUGAUUGGUAUCUGUGCAAUAAAAGUUUAAGAAGAAA